AUGCACUUCUACUCUCUCGUUACUCUCGGGCUCAUGAGCACCGCCUUCGCGCUGACUCCCCAGAACAACGCCGCCCGGGACAUGCCCAUCGUGCCCAUCAAGCAGCUACACCCCCUCGAGGCUCCCGGCUCCGGAGGUUUCAAAGCUGGCCGGGCUUACGACCAAGAGACGGCCCCAGUGGUUCCCACCGCGACUUCCUCCGCUAUCCCCUCGUCUACUGCUGUCACUCUCGCCUCCGAGAUCCCCGUCGCCAGGGAACCCGUUGCUGUCCGUGCGGCGAUCAGAAACUACCACGCCGACUACCGCAAGUGGGAGGCGGCCACUGGCGACGAAAAGAUAGCACUCCGUGCCAAGGUCCAGGACGAUCUCUUGGCUAUCAAGAACAUCAAGGGUGCUACCCUUCGUCAGGAGGCUAAGGCAAAAGCUAGUGCAAGCGCCCUCGCCAGCGCUAGUGCUAGUGCGACGCCGGGUGUCAAGCGCCGUUAA